UCAGCCCUGAUAUCUCGGCAUCGGUCGAAAAUAUUUACUACGCGCCGGGCGAUGCGUGGCGGGUGCACGCGUACCGAGUUGGAUACAGCCGGGAUUGUCCAGCAAUCUUCUCUUCGGUAGACGAGAUCGGAUUACGUGUCGGCCCGAGAGGAGAGUUUACGUAGAGUCUUGCCGUUAGUCACUGUGUUUCGGAUGCUGUCGCGCGCCCUGUGGUAAACAGCGGUGGGACACUCGUGCGUCGCGACGACGACAACGGCAGCGGCGGCGACGGCGACGACGGCGGGAACAGCAAAGAGCUCGCUGUCAGAUCGUAACAAGCGCGCGGAGUCGUUUCCCUCGGGCGAGCAUAAAUGGCACUGCUAUUCACCAGCAUGUGGGACUCGACACUGCUCCUGAACACCCUAACCCCAAAAUUCUACGUCGCCCUCACCGGUACGUCGUCCCUCAUCUCCGGCCUGAUCCUCAUCUUCGAAUGGUGGUACUUCAGGAAGUACGGCACCUCGUUCAUCGAGCAGGUGUCGCUGAAUCACAUCUCGCCGUGGAUCAGCGGCGGCGACAACGCCAACGAUGGCAACGGUACGGGCCUCAGCGGCUCCGGUGGCUCUUCGAGCCACCAGAACGUGCCCGAGUGUAAGGUCUGGCGCAAUCCAAUCAAUCUUUUCAGGGGCGCCGAGUAUCAGAGAUUUUACUGGGCCACCAACAAGGAGCCCCUCACGUACUACGACAUGAACUUGUCCGCGCAGGAUCAUCAGACAUUCUUUACCUGCGAAGGCGACACAGGUAAAGCGGAAUAUGAGAUUAUGCAGACAGCUUGGCGAGAGCGCAACCCGGUGGUGAGAAUACAAGCUGCGCACAGUGCUCUCGAUCGUAAUCCUGAUUGUGCACCAGCUUAUAUCCUUAUCGCGGAGGAAGAGGUCACUACUAUCGUCGAGGCGGAGAAGAUUCUGAAACAGGCUCUGAAAGUGGCCGAGAACAAUUACAGAAAGUCUCAGAAUACCCAACACCAGGGCUCCAUAGCCGAGGCGAUACACAGACGGGAUACGAAUGUGUUGAUUUACAUCAAGAGAAGGCUAGCGAUGUGCGCGCGGAAAUUAGGGAAGCUCAAGGAAGCUGUGAAGAUGUUUCGUGACCUCACGAAGGAGGUGCCGCCGAUCAUGAACGUAUUGAAUAUCCACGAGAACCUGAUCGAGACUCUGCUGGAGAUGCAGGCGUACGCGGACGUGCAGGCCGUGCUGGCAAAGUACGACGACAUCAGCCUGCCGAAAUCGGCGACCAUUUGCUACACGGCGGCGCUGCUGAAGGCGCGGCUGGUGGCGGACAAGUUCUCGCCUGAUAUCGCCAGCAAGCGCGGUCUGACCACCGCCGAGAUGUCGGCGGUGGAGGCGAUCCAUCGGGCCGUGGAAUUCAAUCCUCAUGUACCCAAGUAUCUUCUGGAAAUGAAGCCGCUGAUUCUCCCGCCCGAGCACGUGCUGAAACGUGGUGACUCCGAGGCGAUCGCGUACGCGUUCUUCCAUCUGGCACAUUGGAAGCAGAUAGAGGGUGCACUAAAUCUACUCCAUUGUACUUGGGAGGGCACGUUCAGGAUGUUGCCUUAUCCACUUGAGCGCGGACACUUAUUUUAUCCGUAUCCGACGUGCACCGAAUGCGCCGAUCGGGAGCUCCUGCCGUCAUUCCACGACGUCAGCGUCUACCCGAAGAAGGAGCUGCCCUUCUUCAUCCUCUUCACCGCCGGUCUGUGCUCGUUCACCGCGCUGUUGGCUCUGCUGACUCAUCAAUACCCGGACACUAUGGGCGUAGUCGCCCGUUCGAUGCUUGCCUGGUUCUGUCAUCCGUUUUACUAUCUUCUGGACAAACUGGCUAUCUUGCCCUCUAACUUGUUGCAGCAACUCUCUAGAAUAUAAGCCUGUAUUUCCAUAUGAUCUCUAUUAACUUAAAACUUAUUGUGAUACUCGCGAUAUACUUAAGCUGCUUUCCUUUUAGGAAACACAGCCGACAGUUUUGACACAAAUCGACACACGUCGCUUCCCACUUAGAACUUGAUUCAAAUUCAAUCAACACUCUUCGACUCUAUUCGGUAAUGGAGUCGGAGUGUGUUUUUGUUCGAAGAACAUACUCGCUUUCUUUCGAUGAAACCUUCUUUUAAUAUAAUUUUUACCAUUUAACUCGAGUGUAUUAACCUGUGUCGAUUUGUGUCUCCUUAACGGAAAGCAAUCUUAUUGUUUUAUUUCUACCAUUUCUGUAGGCGCCUCUAUUGUAUAUGUACGUAAAUGUGUGAAAGUUCCAAUUCACAACUGUGUCGUGACCGAUGUCGUAAUAUCUUGUAGCGACGAUUGUGUUUAUGUAUCGUUAAGGUCGAAUCUACGAAACGAUGAUGAACAUAUUAGUAAUAAGAAUUUCUAGACAUCUUCGCGUUACGUGUUAUAUAUCAUUAAGUAUAAAUUAAUAAUAAUAUAUAUAUGUCAAAUACGAGAUAAAUGUAAUAUGUAUAAUAUUGAUAU